AUGCCCUCUUUCUCACAAGCCGCUGAACUUUCCGCCUGGAAGGAACUCCAGGAGCACCACAACUCUGUGGGUCGCAACAUUGUCCUCAAGGAAUGUUUUGAGAAGGACCCAGAGCGCUUUACCAAGUUUAGCCGCUCCUUCGAUAACACCGUCGACAACUCCAAGAUCCUCUUUGAUUUCUCCAAGAACUUCCUCACCGAGGAAACCCUUUCCCUUCUGGUCAAGCUGGCCAAGGAGGCUGGCGUUGAGGAGCUUCGCGAUGAAAUGUUCAGUGGUGCGCCCAUCAACUUCACUGAGAACCGUGCCGUCUACCACGCUGCUCUCCGCAAUGUCAGCAACCAGCCCAUGCAGGUUGAUGGCAAGAGCGUUGUGGAGGAGGUCAAUGCCGUUCUGGACCACAUGAAGGAGUUCUCUGAGCAGGUGCGUAGUGGUGAGUGGAAGGGAUACACUGGCAAGAAGAUCAACACUAUCAUCAACGUUGGUAUUGGUGGUUCUGACCUUGGCCCCGUGAUGGUCACCGAAGCCCUGAAACCCUAUGGUGCCCCAGACAUGACGCUCCACUUCGUCUCCAACAUUGACGGCACACACAUUGCAGAGGCUCUUAAGAACUCCGACCCCGAGACCACCCUCUUCUUGAUCGCUUCCAAGACAUUCACAACCGCUGAGACCACCACCAACGCGAACUCUGCCAAGAAGUGGUUCCUCGAGACGGCCAAGGACGAGUCUCAUAUCGCCAAGCACUUCGUCGCUCUCUCCACUAACGAGGUUGAGGUCACCAAGUUUGGCAUUGACAAGAAGAACAUGUUCGGUUUCGAAUCCUGGGUGGGUGGUCGCUACUCUGUUUGGAGCGCCAUCGGUCUGUCCGUCGCUCUCUAUAUCGGGUUCGAUAACUUCCACCAGUUCCUCGCUGGUGCCCACGCUAUGGACAAGCAUUUCCGUGAGACCCCUCUGGAGCAGAACAUUCCCGUCAUCGGUGGUCUCCUGAGUGUUUGGUACAGCGACUUCUUCGGUGCUCAGACCCACUUGGUUGCACCUUUCGACCAGUACCUGCACCGAUUCCCUGCCUACCUGCAGCAACUCUCCAUGGAGAGUAACGGAAAGGCCAUCACCCGCACUGGCGAGUAUGUCAAGUACACCACCGGCCCGAUCCUGUUCGGUGAGCCCGCCACCAACGCGCAGCACAGCUUCUUCCAGCUCCUGCACCAAGGCACUAAGCUCAUUCCCGCCGACUUCAUCAUGGCUGCUGAGUCGCACAACCCCGUGGAGGGCGGAAAGCACCAGCGCAUGCUGGCUUCCAACUUCCUUGCCCAGUCUGAGGCUCUGAUGGUCGGUAAGACUCCUGAGCAGGUCAAGACCGAGGGUGCUCCGGAUAAUCUGGUGCCUCACAAGACUUUCCUGGGUAACCGCCCUACCACCUCCAUCUUGGCCCAGAAGAUCACUCCUUCCACUCUGGGUGCCCUGAUCACCUACUACGAGCAUUUGACCUUCACUGAGGGUGCGAUCUGGAACAUUAACUCCUUUGACCAGUGGGGUGUGGAGCUGGGCAAGGUUCUUGCCAAGAAGAUCCAGCAGGAGCUCGAAACCUCUGGUGCAGGUGCUGGCCACGACUCAUCUACCAGCGGUCUGCUUCUGGCCUUCAAGGCUAAGGCUAACCUGGCAUAA